CCCCGGGAGCCCAGCCAGAGCGAGCGCCGGAGCCAGGCGCGCAGGAGUGAAAAGGAGGCGGCGGCCGCGGCUGCGAGCAACAGAUCCGGGCGCCUAGAGCAGACCUUUUCUGCUACUGGGCCAUUUCUUUUUAAUUUCAAAAAAUAAAUAAUAAGUAAAAUUUGAAAAUCUUGCAUUUUUUAAAUGGCGCUGGCCCCGGGUCAGCAGGAGGUUUUCUCUGCAUCAAGAUGGGCUUUGCCGUUUCCGUCGUGGGCACUUGUGAUGGCCUGAUUGUCAGUCUUCUGUGGGCAUUUUUGAGGCCAGAAGCCGAGCACUGCAUGUAGGCGAAUCACCCUACAGAACGGUUUGGCUUUUUAAAUUUUUGUUAUUAUUUUGGGCAGAGAACAGUCGAUCUCGUGCAUUCCGUCCGCUCUGCUGAAGAGGCGGAGAGUCGUUGGUUGGGUCGCUUAGAGCGUGAAAUUCCUCCCGGGGUGAACGAGCCCCGGCCCCGCGCGCAGUCCAGCGGCCACGCGAGUGUGUCCUCCCUGCCGGCGCCGGGAAAAUGGAGGCUGUGAUUGAGAAGGAAUGCAGCGCGCUCGGAGGCCUCUUCCAGACCAUCAUCAGCGACAUGAAGGGGAGCUAUCCAGUUUGGGAAGACUUCAUAAACAAGGCAGGAAAGCUGCAGUCCCAGCUGCGGACAACCGUAGUAGCAGCAGCUGCCUUCUUGGAUGCCUUUCAGAAAGUGGCUGACAUGGCCACCAGCACACGAGGUGGUACCAGGGAGAUCGGCUCAGCUCUCACCAGGAUGUGCAUGAGGCACAGAAGCAUUGAAGCCAAGCUGAGGCAGUUUUCCAGUGCUUUAAUUGAUUGUCUGAUAAACCCACUGCAAGAACAGAUGGAAGAAUGGAAGAAAGUGGCCAAUCAGCUGGACAAAGACCAUGCAAAAGAAUACAAAAAGGCUCGCCAAGAGAUAAAAAAGAAGUCCUCAGAUACACUGAAACUGCAGAAGAAAGCAAAAAAAGUGGACGCUCUGGGGAGAGGUGACAUCCAGCCUCAGUUGGACAGCGCCCUCCAAGAUGUCAACGAUAAAUAUCUCUUGUUGGAGGAAACAGAAAAGCAGGCAGUUCGCAAGGCUUUGAUUGAAGAACGCGGCCGAUUCUGCACUUUCAUCUCUAUGCUACGGCCAGUAAUUGAAGAAGAAAUCUCCAUGCUGGGGGAAAUCACCCACCUCCAGACCAUAUCGGAAGAUCUAAAGAGCCUGACCAUGGACCCUCACAAACUGCCCUCCUCCAGUGAACAGGUGAUUUUGGACUUGAAAGGUUCUGACUACAGCUGGUCCUAUCAGACGCCACCCUCUUCCCCCAGCACCACUAUGUCCAGAAAGUCAAGCGUCUGCAGCAGCCUGAACAGUGUCAACAGCAGCGACUCCCGGUCCAGCGGCUCUCACUCCCACUCCCCCAGCUCGCACUACCGCUACCGCAGCUCCAACCUGGCCCAGCAGGCGCCCGUGAGGCUGUCGAGCGUGUCCUCCCAUGACUCAGGAUUCAUAUCCCAGGACGCCUUCCAGUCCAAGUCGCCCUCCCCCAUGCCACCAGAGGCCACCAACCAGAACUCGUCCAGCUCGGCCUCUUCUGAAGCUUCCGAAACGUGCCAGUCAGUGAGCGAGUGCAGCUCCCCCACCUCAGUCAGCUCAGGCUCCACCAUGGGCGCCUGGGCGUCCACAGAGAAGUUGUCUAACGGGUUUUCUCACUAUAGUUUAUCAAGUGAGUCCCAUGUGGGGCCCGUGGGUGCAGGCCCUUUCCCUCACUGCCUGCCUGCCUCCCGCCUGCUCCCUCGGGUCACCUCUGUCCACCUUCCAGACUACGCUCAUUAUUACACCAUUGGGCCCGGCAUGUUCCCGUCAUCUCAGAUCCCUAGCUGGAAGGACUGGGCUAAGCCAGGGCCCUACGACCAGCCUCUGGUGAACACCUUACAGCGCCGCAGAGAGAAGCGUGAGCCAGACCCCAGCGGGGGUGGACCCCCUCCCUCGGGAGGCCCUCCAGCGGCUGCAGAGGAGGCGCAGAGACCGAGGAGCAUGACUGUGUCGGCUGCCACCAGGCCUGGUGAAGAGAUGGAGGCUUGUGAGGAGCUGGCCCUUGCACUGUCGCGAGGCUUGCAGCUGGACACGCAGAGGAGCAGUCGAGACUCGCUGCAGUGUUCCAGUGGCUACAGUACCCAGACGACCACCCCAUGCUGCUCUGAGGACACUAUCCCCUCCCAAGUUUCAGAUUAUGAUUAUUUCUCCGUAAGUGGUGACCAGGAGGCAGAUCAGCAGGAGUUUGAUAAAUCCUCCACCAUCCCUAGAAACAGUGACAUCAGCCAGUCCUACCGGCGGAUGUUCCAAGCCAAGCGCCCAGCCUCAACUGCCGGCCUCCCUACCACCCUUGGACCUGCUAUGGUCACUCCAGGGGUUGCAACUAUCCGACGGACCCCUUCCACCAAGCCUUCUGUCCGCCGGGGAACCAUUGGAGCUGGUCCCAUCCCCAUCAAGACACCAGUGAUCCCCGUCAAGACCCCAACUGUCCCAGACCUCCCUGGGGUGUUGCCAGCCCCUCCAGAUGGUCCUGAGGAACGGGGUGAGCACAGUCCUGAGUCUCCAUCUGUGGGUGAGGGCCCCCAGGGUGUCACCAGCAUGCCCUCUUCCAUGUGGAGCGGCCAAGCGUCUGUCAACCCCCCACUUCCAGGCCCAAAGCCCAGUAUCCCUGAGGAGCACAGACAGGCGAUUCCAGAAAGUGAGGCUGAAGAUCAGGAAAGGGAUCCCCCAAGUGCCACUGUCUCCCCAGGCCAGAUUGCAGAGAGUGACCCUGCAGACCUCAGCCCAAGAGAUACUCCGCAAGGAGAAGACAUGCUGAACGCCAUCCGCAGGGGUGUAAAGCUGAAGAAGACUACGACCAACGAUCGUUCAGCCCCUCGCUUCUCUUAGGCUCUAGGCUCCCAGGAAAUGCUGCCAGUGUGGAAUGACUCUUUAAUUAAUAAGACCUAAUUUGUCUCAAUCCAUUCCAAUCUAUAAUCAAACAAAAAAUUUUUGUAGGCAACUCAGAAUUCAGCUCUUUUGAAAGUACUCAACAUCUUUAGAUAAGAAUUAAAAGCAACAUGUAACUGACAUAAUCUUGAUCUUUUAAUUUGUAAAUACUGACGAUUUUCUUUCUGCACAUUUUAAUCUUAGUUUCCCUUUUGAUUUUUCUGAAGGUGCCAAAUUCCAUUUAACUUUUUUACAAGUCUUUGUAAAAUUUUAAAUGCAUAGGGGGUAGGGUGGGGUGGGGCGGGAUGGGGGCAAGGGAACCACAAAGUGGUUAAUUUCAGAAAAAGAUUACUAAGUUCUUUCUUCUUUUUCUUUCCCUUCCACAAGCUUUUGUAGAUGCAUUGUAGUAGUCUAGCUUAGAAGCAAAUUUGUUAUUUUAAUGUACAAACAAAAUGGAUAAGGGGUAAAAUCCUCAUUUAAAUAUACUAUGUCUGGUUGAGAAAAGCAGGAAUAACAAUUGAUGAGCAAUAUUCAGAGUGAAGUAAAUCUGGAAGAGGUAGACUGUGUUGAGACUGGGGGGAGGGCCGUGGGAGGGGCACACUGUCAACAUAGCCAAUCCUGUUACAUUUUAAGAGUAGCCUUGUAGGUUGAAUUUCUAGUAGCUUCAUGGUCAAUGCAUCCGAAUAAGCCAUACUGGAUUGCAGUGUUUGUUUCUGUAGGGUGUUUAAGGACUUCCUUUCUUCCACUGCACACAGCACCCGCCUCCAAUCCCGCGCAUGCUGCUGCCACUGGGUAGACAUAGAACUCCUCCCACCCCCACUUUAGUUUCUUGUCUAUUGUACUCACUUCAUGGAAUCCAAAUACAUCCAAAAGGGUAAGGCAGUUUAAAAAUGUGAAAACAUUUAAAAAUGAUAGCAGGGAAUUCUUAGAUAUAGCAAAUGCCUUUUACUUAACUGUGCCCAGCAGGCUGGGUACAUUGAAAAGCCCAAAUAUUUUGAAAAAACUCAAGCAGAUUUAACAAGCGUAACCAGCUCGGAGUCUAGCAAUUUGCCAAUGUGUUUACCAAUCUGGGGGCUUGUUUUUCUUAUUUUCCUUAAAUAAGUCGCAAUUAAUUGGCUUCAUACUAAACAUUGAAGAAAGGAAGAUUUAUUUAUUGUCACUGGGAGUGUGACCACUAUACUGUCCCUUUUUUGUGUUCCAGACAAUGUUUAUGUCUUUUUUUUUUUUUCAAGAGGAAGUUAAAUUUGUUAUAAUGCCCAUCCCUCAAAGUCAACAGAGACUAGUAGAUUUAAAGGGAUCACAUUUGGAAAAGGCACUGUUUUAAAGAAAGCAAGUCCCUUAGUGGUGGGGUAGUUAAAACAGUGCAUACUUGUGACUGUACCUCUCAAGGAAGAGGAGUUGGUAGGUCCCCAGAUGCCCUGCAGAUUUCUGUUGGCUCUAAUCUUCAAUUACACAAUCUUAUGCUUUAAUACAUAAACCACGUUGGAUGUGAGGGUGAUAUACCUGUACAGUCAUUGUUCUAUUUAUUAAUAUUUAACACUGCUGUGAUUGCUCAAGGACAUUUUAUGUUAUGGCUUUAAAGCAAAGGCAUGAUUAUUAGAAACUAUUUAAGCUUUUUUCUUUGAAAAACAAGCUCCUUUUACAGACUAUAAGCAACAGUAGUGCCUGUGGUUUAGCCCACCAAUCUUGAUGACUAAAAGUAGCUGAUGCAUUGUGCAUAUGAUGCUUGAGAUGGUUUUUGCAAAAGCAGAAAUCGCUGCAAGGUAAUUACAAUAGUUAAAAGUGGUAUUUUAAACCUUCGAAAUAAAUGGAUGUAACUGUACUUUGGUACAGCUUUUCACUUGUUUAGUUUUUAAACGUUAGUAUAAUCUGAAUAAAUUUAAUAUAAAAUGUUGCCAAAUUCAAUGUAGAAAGAAUGUGACAAAACACCUUGGAUAGUUCUGUUUGUGUUUUUGCAUAUUGUAAAAGCAGUGUCACAGCUAAAAAUAAAAAGAUCCUUUCUAAAGGUAAA